GUCGAUUGUAGAUAAUGAACGUGAACAAUAAUCAAAUACAAAUUUCGUUACCUGCCUGUCAAUCAUAAACGUAAAUCCGUGCAGCUCAUGCUUCUUAUCUCCGCCUCGCGCACUCAGUCAUGAAGCUUUAAUACAGUGCUCAAUGCUGUCUGCCUUUUGUCCAAGGCAGGGGCGCGUUUCCAGAGCCCACCAGAGCCUCCAUUUGGUGGUUGUGCAGGACUUCUAUUCUUUGCUUGUGCUCAAUCAGGCCUGUACUAGCCAAUUCCCUUCUCGGGCUGGUGAAUUGCUCACACGACCAUGUCCGAGGAUCAUGGCCUUCGUCACAGCCAGUCUACCUUCACAGGAGGAGACCCCGUGCUUCUUAAUGGCCAAGUCCCUUCGGCGGGCUUGAAUAGGCCAAACUUCUCUGCAAAUCAAAGUCCUGCAAUGAGUAGUGCUGGGCAGCAGGUGCAAGCAUCGGUACAGGGGUCAGCGAGCAUUGGGGCUCAGCCCCAGGGUUAUGCAUUGCAGCAACAGCCAGCUGGAAUUGCUUCCUUGGACCAGCAAGUUCGUCCUGAGCAGCAUAGGCUGGCGCAACCGAGUGCGGAUGCGCGACCAGUUCCAGCUGGCACCCCAUUGUCAACGCCUGAGGGGGAGCGUGUCCCUGUAGCCACAUCUGUACUUCCAGCAGCAGCAGCUCCUCUAGCAGAUGGGAAUGAAGUUCCUGCCUCAGGGGUGUUCCAAGAAGGUGGCCAUACCAUGUUCCAAGACCACCCCCUCCAGUCGGAUGUAGAGACGGUGCAGGAGCCAAUCAUUGUGUCAGUGGGCGAUCACAGGGUGCGGUUGUCCUCUGAAGCGGACCCCAGCUCCUUGUACAGCUUGUGCCGGAAAUGGGUCCGAAACCGGCCGACGGACGAUGAGGAGCUGGGGUAUGCUCCGGUGGUGCCAUCCGUUCUGCCCAGGCCCCUCCCAUUGGAACCGCUCAGCCGGGAAACGGACGCUAACGGCGGACAGGAAGAGCGUGGUUUUAGUUUGGAGGAUACUAUCUCUGGAAGGCUGACGCCAAGAGAUCUGUUAAGAACGCAUGUUCGAAACUUCCGGGAGAUCAGAAAGAAGAAGCGCGAGGAGUGGCAGCAACGGGUGAAGCGGUACAAGCCUCGCUUGUGUCUAAUAUUUCCACCAGGAGCAGCGGCCGUUACUGAGAAGAAAGACGUCAGCAAAGGGGAGGCAAAGAGGUAGUCCGCUUCGAAGCUUUCGUACACUCUUCAAGUCACGGAAAAAUGUCAAAUACUAGUGGUCUCGAUCCAAUCGUUUACAGUGCCAAGGUAGCAGACACUAAGGUACCAGUCACAGUUGUCGCUUUGAAUAUACCUGGCGCUAUAUAUUUGCGCUUUAAAAAAGAGAUUAGGUGACAUGCCAAGAUCCAAUUACCUAAUCUACGUUGGGUGCACAAUCGCCGGAAUGCAUCCAGUGCGAGGUCGAUCAUGUCUGGGGUUGAUUUGUGGAGCUGGAGCGCAGUCCAAGUUGGGUCCUAACCACAAGCUGUAAAUGGUAGUAUCGUGGCGGCUACUCUAUCAAGGUCCACCACUGGAUUUGAUUGAGCAGGUUGCCGGUAUCACAGGCUAUACUUGUCAGGCAUACUGUUUGUCACGAAUAAGACGCGUGAUGACUGUACAUGUAUGAUU